UUGAUUUUCAAGAUGUUGAAUAAAUCGGUUAUAAUUAUUUUUCUGGUUGUUGUAUUGUGCAAUAAAAUCUACGCACAAUCAUGUGAAGAUCGUCAAUUAGGACCUCCGCAAAAUUUUGUAUCUCACAUUGAUCAGGUUCUGUUUCUCUCUUGGCUGCCUCCAUCGGGAUUUGGAAAUUGUGCAGUUACUUAUUCCAUUCAUAUUCAAAACAGGAACACUUGGCAGUAUUUAACACCCGUUGUACAUUUAAGUGGUCUGAACUUCAUUUUUGAUUAUGCUAGAUACAAUCUAACAUGUGUUCAAGCGGCAAUUGACAUAUUCGCUCAUUAUAAUGGCCAAACAUCAGAUAGGAUCCCGUUUAUUUCUACCUUUUUAGAACCGCUGGUUGAACAAGGUCCUCCAACUUCUAUAUAUUUUAACCGUACAGAAACAUCUUUAGGGAUUUAUUGGUCAUUUCCGGAAGGUUUCGAAAACUGUGCCAGUUUCUUCCAUUAUUUCCUAACUAUUUCUUUGAGAGGGACAAACCAAUUCAUGAUUCAACAGCACUUGACAUCAGUUCGUAACAGCUUCUAUUUCCCGUAUCCAAAUGGGCACCCACUUUAUUGUCAAGAAGUAGAUGUUGAACUUGCCGCUACUUUUAGAGGAACAACAUCUAUUAUUGGAAAUACUAUACUUGGUCCACCACGACUUUGCUAA